AUGAUAGGUGUUGAUCUUGUGAUCAUCUUAGUCUAUGUGGAUAAUUUGUUGGUAACUGGCAGCAAUUUACUUCUCAUCCAGCAGGUCAGAAAGGAUUUGCAGGAGAAGUUCAAAAUGAAGGAUCUAGGGGAGCUGAAGUAUUUCCUUGGUAUUGAAUCCUCAAGAUUUCAGGAAGUAAAAGACAAUGACUCUGAUGAUGUGCAAAUUGAAGAGAAGGGAAAUUGUCAAAGGUUAGUUGGGAGGCUCAUGCAUCUAACGAUGACAAGGCCAUAUAUAGCCUUUGUAGUUCAUGUACUCAGUCAGUAUAUGCAUGUACCUAAAGCUUCUCAUAUGGAGUCUGCUAGAAGAGUAGUGAAAUACAUCAAGUCUACACCUGGACUUGGUCUGUUUAUGCCAACUGGAAGUUGCAAUCAACUAAUAGCCUCUUGUGAUUCUGAUUGGGGAGCAUAUGUGGAGGUCAGUCACUGGAUAUGUAGUUAA